CCGUCGUACCGCCUCUAUACCCCUGUACUGCGGGUUUAGCUCCUCAUACCCUGGGGUUUUCACCUCAUCCGCGCUUUGCGGGAAAAACCCGAACAGGGCUAGUCUACUCUUCGGAAUUCUACGGAGAACAGCGAACAUUUUCGCUCAUCUGAGGGCUCUUGUUGCGACAAUCACAAUAUUUUCAGACGGCUUUUCACUCGGAAGAGCGAGUUUACGGUAAAAUGAGGUUAUGAUCGCUCCCCACAGUCUGACUGACUUGGUCUGACUGUUCGUGACACUCAUCGCUUGUGAGGAUUAGGUUAUGUUGACAGUGAAAUACAAAUGGAGAAAUUUUCAUUGUGCAGUGGAGUCAAAGUAUUCAACGCUCGCCGGUAUCAGACGUUGCAUUGAUGACAUUAUUCCCUGUUCAACGAACGUCAAGAUCCACUCUGACUGAUUAAUGAAAAAUAAUUGAUCCUAAGUAAUUAGCAAGAAAAAAAUUGAUACAAAGUAAUUAGUAAGAAUGUCGUCGAUGGUAGAGUCCAAUCAUGAAGACAAAUGCGACGAGAGUGGGAGGAAUAAAUUGAAAAUUUGCUGUCAAUUUUGCCCCUCAGUCAUAUUGAGCCCAGCAGCGGGAACUUUUCUCGUUCAUGAGUUCGAUCUCCCACAUAUGCGCAGCAAGGGCGACGAGGGGGAGGAGAAAGUCGAGAAAUUGAAGGAUUACUGGCUGAUCGAGGACAUGUACAUGUUUGAGAACGUCAGUGUCACAAAGACAGUGGGAAAUGUGAAGUAUCUAGCUUGUGCUGACUGUGAGAUAGGCCCCAUUGGGUAUGUGGACCAGUCUACGAAAAUGUUUUACGUUGCAUUGUCCAGAGUCAUUUAUAAGGAUAAGUCGUAGUGGUAGGGAGGCAUUCCUUUAAUGAAAUUUCUCAUUUUUUGUAA